AGCUGGAAGAGGUUAUAGAAACGAAGAAUUACAAAGAAAAUUUUUUGAUGGAUUAGAACCUAAAUGGUUAGAAAAAAUGAUGGAUAUAGCUGAAAUAGAAAAAUUAAAAACCAAUUUCGAAACAAAAAUGACUAAGCAAUUUAAAAAAACACCUCCAACAAUUCCACCCAAAGAUUAUAAAGAAAUAUAUGAACAUUAUAUAAGUCAAGGGGAUCCUAAACCAGGUCUUAAUAAUAAAGAGUUAUUACGUGAAGUUAUAAAGUUUUUUGACCUCCCGUCAGUAUAA